UAUCUCCUCGACUGUUGUAAGUGCAGCAGACAAUCCUGCUUCCCACUUUUUAACUCUUCGCUCUUGCCGCUGCUCCCACCAAGACGAGAUGUCAAUGAAAACCAAACAGACCACCAGGUACUCCGUGGUGUCCUCCAAUGUUGCCCCCCGAAGCUUCAGCAGCAUGUCCUAUUCGGGCCCCAGCCAGAGUAUGUCCAGACAGAGCUACAGCGUGCGCAGUUCCUUUGGACCCAGCCGUGGAGCAGGGGCUGGUUUCGGAACCGGCGGGUACAUCUCCAGCAGCUCAGCCUACGGAGGUGGAAUCGGCCUGGGCAUGAGCGCGGGCACAGGAAUGGGCUUCGGCACCGGUGUAGUUGCCCCCAUCACUGCAGUUACCGUCAACAAGAGCCUGCUGGCACCCCUCAACCUGGAGAUCGACCCCAGCAUCCAGGCUGUUCGCACCCAGGAGAAGGAGCAGAUCAAGAGCCUCAACAACCGCUUUGCCUCCUUCAUCGAUAAGGUGCGCUUCCUGGAGCAGCAGAACAAGAUGCUGGAGACCAAGUGGAACCUCCUGCAGGAGCAGACGACCACCCGCUCCAAUAUCGAUGCUAUGUUCGAAGCCUACAUCGCCAACCUGCGCAGGCAGCUCGAUAGCCUCGGUAACGACAAGAUGAAGCUGGAGGCCGACCUGCACAACAUGCAGGGUCUGGUGGAGGACUUCAAGAACAAGUAUGAAGACGAAAUCAACAAGCGCACAGAGUGUGAAAACGAUUUUGUGCUCAUCAAGAAGGAUGUGGAUGAGGCCUACAUGAAUAAGGUGGAACUUGAGGCCAAACUGGAAAGCCUCACUGAUGAGAUCAACUUCCUGAGACAGAUCUAUGAGGAGGAGCUGCGUGAACUGCAGAGCCAGAUCAAGGACACCUCUGUGGUGGUAGAGAUGGACAACAGCCGCAACCUCGACAUGGAUUCCAUUGUGGCUGAAGUGCGCGCCCAGUAUGAGGACAUCGCGAAUCGCAGCCGCGCCGAGGCUGAGUCGUGGUACAAGACUAAGUACGAGGAGAUGCAGACCUCUGCCAACAGAUACGGAGAUGACCUCAGGUCCACUAAAACAGAGAUUGCUGAUCUGAACCGCAUGAUCCAGAGGCUCCAGUCUGAGAUUGAUGCUGUGAAAGGCCAGCGUGCUAACCUGGAGAACCAGAUUGCUGAGGCUGAGGAGCGUGGUGAGGAUGCAGUGAGGAAUGCCAAGGAUCGCAUCAAGGAGCUUGAGGAGGCCCUACAGAGAGCCAAGCAGGACAUGGCCCGCCAGAUCAGGGAAUACCAAGACCUGAUGAACGUCAAGCUGGCACUGGACAUUGAGAUCGCCACCUACAGGAAGCUGCUGGAAGGAGAGGAAAACAGGUUGGCCAGUGGCAUUAAGUCCAUCAGCAUCUCCAAACAGAGCUAUGGCCCAAGCUUCAGCUCCUUCCCCAUGGAAAGUGCCGGUAGCACCUACAGCAGCUACUCCUCCGGCAGCUACGGGGGCAGCUAUGGCGGUGGCUACAGCAGCGGCAGUGGCUACGGAACUGGCUACGGCACUGGUGACGUGACCCAGAGCAAGAAGAGUGUGGUCAUCAAAAUGAUCGAGACCAAGGAUGGCAAGGUGGUGUCGGAGUCUUCGGAAGUGGUCCAGGAUUAAGCGAGAACCCUUCACCCUCCUUCUUCUCCAACCAGCUGUCCCUACAUCUACCCACCACAUGCCCCACAUGCAAAGCUGAAAAUCUCAAACAGUUCGUAAAGCAAUAAACCAGUCAAUAACAACCAAAGUCGUAGAAGAACCAAAGAAUGUCACAUACUCAUAGUGCCUUAAACUUUCCAUUUCGUACUAAAACACAUGCCUUUGAAAGAGCCUUCACUUCUGAUUGUACCCAUGUGUGUCUGUUAGUGCUGCAUGUCAGCUCUGCAGCAAGCAUGCUCAUUUACAGAUGCCAUGGGCUCAAAAGUGUUCUCCAAGGUUUCCCAUCCUCUGAGGUGCUGCCUUUUGCUAUGAAACAAUAAAGUGUGUUUGUUGUUAAACGGA